UAUGAAUUCCCCUUUUUGUUCUGUUGAGUAUAUCGCUCCUUCAAAUGAUAAUCUACAACCGAGGCCAUGCAUCCCAACUAUCCAUACAUGUCCGGAUGGAACAGAUCGUUUGCUGGCCUAUCGGUGUGCGAACUCUAACUUAGACCCUUAUUCUACAUACAAACAAAAAUACCAUGCCUAUCAUAACUGGUAUUGCCUCAUAUGUACAGAAACUGAACGUCCAUUGCCUUCGUGUACCGUACGAUUGAGUCAUCUAAGGAGCCCAAACUUACCCUUGUUUUCGUUUAAAUUAAUGGUGGAUGUGACAUCUGAGAAUGGAAUAAGACUGAGGUCUCAAGCUGAUCAUGGCAUCGAUGGAUUAGAUGUUGAGGUAGGGUGUAACUCGGACAAUAUUUGCAAGGCUUUAACUUGCCCAAAAGCGUAUGUACGAGAUGGGAAUGAAUGCAAAUUGGUGAGCACCAUUGUUCCAGUACAAAUCAUCUGCUAUUUCUACAUUGACCCGGAAGAUCAUGUAUUUCAUGCCAUCAAGACUUACAUCAAACAAAUUUUUGAUCUAGUUGGUCUCAUUUUAAUCCGCCAUGUUCGUGUUUAUGAUCAAUUCAUAUUUAAUACAUCUUUCCCUAAAAACUCCACUUCGCCUCAGAUUUACAAGGAGAUGGUAUCAGACUCCGAACGCAUGAAAGAAGAAGUUGGAAUCGCUUUAACACAGCUUAAGGACAUCAAUGUCACGUAUGAUAUGUCGUUUAUAAAACAUAGGGUCGGUCAUGUCAUGGAAAAGGUGACAAAUAGUGGAUCUCAAACCGGUUCCGGAAUGGAAUGGAUGUUUUACAUAUUUUUGUUGAUGAAAAUAUGUUAAGAGAACAAAUGCACGUGGACUCACAUUCAUGGCAAUUUUGUUCAUAAAACUGAAAUUGUAAAUAAAAAAGAAUUGUCAGAGAUGUUGUAAUCAAUUUCAUGUCUCAAAUAGACAACACAGUUUAAGUUGAAUAGAAAAUCGGAACGAAAACUUACAACGUAUAAAUCGCAUAGCUACAUGUAGCUAUCUCGUUCACCCAAAUUUCCUUCGUUAUAUUGACGAAACUUAUGACUUAGAUCGAGAAGACAAUAUUUGAGAGACACAAAGAAUUGCAAUUGAAAAUUCUUUACAAAAGUGUUCCAGGGACUCUUACAGGGCUGUCAACUUGGGACCAUCUAACAUGUGUGACUUCCAAAUGUUGAACACCUUCCUUCAAACUUUGGACAGCUUCAGUGAAAUUGGUAUUUUGGACACCUAAAUUUUUUCCAGGGGGGGGGGGUAGGUGUAAAUUUUUUCGAAACGAAUGCGUGAAAUAUACACAUAUUUUGCACAAAAUGCGUGACAUAAACAGCAAUCGCGUGCAAAAACCGAACGGAAUGCGUUCGCUUUUUUUCGCCGUUCGGUAUAUUACCGUGUCGCGAUUUCACCAAAAAUUUUUUUUAAAAUUUCAGCAAAAUGCGUGAUGUGCGUGAUAUUUGAUCAUACACGCUAAAUUGAUGCGUGAUUUCUAUUUUUCAGCAAAUGCGUGACAAUCACGCCUAAUGCGUGAGGGUUGACAGGGCAGCUCUUAUCUACUUGGCUAAGGUUUUAUUUGAAGAUACAGUGCCUUAUUAAGCAGGUAAAGGUGUAUACAGAACACCGAAGAAGGACACAUGCACCAUUGGUCCGAAUGCCAAUUGCCCGAAUUCAAUGGUAAGAAUCCCAUUGGCGGGAAUCCCAAUCGUCCGAAUUUAAUGGUAAGAAUCCUAUUGGUGCAAAUCCCAAUCGUCCGAAUUUAAUGGUAAGAAUCCUAUUGGUGCAAAUCCCAAUCGUCCAAAUUAAAUGGUAAGAAUCCUAUUGGUGCGAAUCCCAAUCGUCCAAAUUCAAUGGUAAGAAUCCCAUUGGCGGGAAUCCCAAUCGUCCGAAUUUAAUGGUAAGAAUCCUAUUGGUGCAAAUCCCAAUCGUCCGAAUUUAAUGGUAAGAAUCCUAUUGGUGCAAAUCCCAAUCGUCCAAAUUAAAUGGUAAGAAUCCUAUUGGUGCGAAUCCCAAUCAUCCAAAUUCAAUGGUAAGAAUCCCAUUGGCGGGAAUCCCAAUCGUCCGAAUUUAAUGGUAAGAAUCCUAUUGGUGCAAAUCCCAAUCGUCCGAAUUUAAUGGUAAGAAUCCUAUUGGUGCGAAUCCCAAUCGUCCAAAUUCAAUGGUAAGAAUCCCAUUGGCGGGAAUCCCAAUCGUCC